AUGAAGAUUCAUUCAGUUUCAUUUCACCCAUGCUCUACUCCUCUUUCCUCUUCUUCCCUCCACUUCCCUCCUCUUCCCUCCACUUCCCUCCUCUUCCCUCCACUUUCCUCGUCUUCCCUCCUCUUCCUUCCUCUUCCCUCCACUUUCCUCCUCUUCCCUCCUCUUCCUUCCUCUUCCCUCUACUCCAUCCACACCAUGCAUGUCUAUCUGCAGCUCUGUCCUGUUCCACCCCAAGCAGCCAUGGCAAUACCAGAGCCGUCACCCCUUCCCUUUCCUCCCCUCCUCCCAACGAUCGCCCUGCAGUGUUCUCAGCUGCUCUCGACUGUACCUGGGCUCAAUGGGACUUUGCCUCUGGCCGACCCCUCCGCUCAGUCAACCUGUCGGCAGAUACCACCUCCCCCAAUACACCCUCCCCCAGUGCACCCUCCUCCUCCUCCAUUUCAACUGGGUAACGAGGAAGCUUGUAACGGGGAUGCAUCUGCAGCAGAAAGGGGAGGGGGGGCAGAGAGGGCGGAGAGAGAAGAGGAGGUGGUGGAGGCAAAUAGGAAAGGAGCUCGGCUACUAGUCUUUGGAGGGCCCAUGGCAGUAACAGCAGCUGCUACAGCUGGUGGGGUGGGAAGUGGUGAGGGGAGUGGUGGGAGUGGUGAGGGGGGUGGGGGAAGUGGGGGAGGAGGAAUGGUAGCAGCGAGAGAAGGAGGGAUGCGCGGUCAUUGCGCAUCGGUCUCUGCUGUCGGAAUGGGAUCCUUGGUCUUGCUGUUUACACCAGCAGCUUUCUUCCGCAUUGGCCCUGCCUCUGUCCCUCUCUCCUCCACUCCCCCCGCCCCUCUUCCCUCCUCUCCCUCCGCCCCCCUCCCCUCCACUCCCCCCGCCCCUCUUCCCUCCUCUCCCUCCGCCCCCCUCCCCUCCACUCCCCCCGCCCCUCUUCCCUCCUCUCCCUCCGCCCCCCUCCCCUCCACUCCCCCCGCCCCCCUCCCCUCCUCUCCCUCCGCCCCUUUCUGA